UUAUGCAUGGAAAUUCAAAUGUGGUUUUUUAUUUCUAGAUUACUCUUGUUGGUAUUAUUAAAACCUGUUUGGAUACUAAGUAAAGAAACAAUUAUAAUAAGAACAAGCGAGGAACAGAAACAAAAUGCAUUUGUCGACGUAUUGAAAAACAUUACUUCCGCCAACCAGAUAUUACAAGAUUUAAUUAAAAACUAUGAGCAACUGCAAAAAAUAUACAAAUCAGGUGACGAAAGCUUUAAUGAUGAGAGCGAAAAUGAACAUGGAAAAUUUAAAGCACUAUCGUCAGAGGACGAUGAGCAUACUACUAGAGGUUAUGGUAUUACACAGAUAAUUUAUGUCGGCGAAACUGAAGAAAGUACCGAAGAACCACCACCCGGUAAUAAAAAUAAUGGAUCCAAUAUUAUUGCUGUUGAAAGCGACCACACGGAAGAAUUUAACGAAACGGACAAAGAUUCUUCAGAUGAAUCUGUCGAAACAGAAAUCGUCACCAAAAAACCUAAAAAGAUUGAAGAAAAUAUAACUCAUUUUAAUAUAGAAACAUUUCAAAUAGAUCCACAUUUAUAUAGUAGAAACAAAACGCGGUUUAGCAUAAAACACAAAGACGCAAAGAGGCAGUUUAACCGUCCAAUUUUAAGGCAAAACGACGAUAAAGCAAUUAAACGCAUCGUGUACGCUGAGGUGUUCUCUCCGGACAAGAUUUGGCACGAAGUAGUACAUAAACCUAUAGAACUUAAAAUUUAUAAAGAUCAUGCAAAUUUUAGAACUCCUAAUAACAAAAAGACUAUCUCCAGCAUAAACACAAAAACGUCUGGAAUGGAUUUAAGUGAUUCUCCUUCAGAAUCAAAUCCUGAUGACGUAAUAGAGAAAGAAGAGAUUAAAAGUAUGUUACUUAGAGAAGCCUAUGGCAAUGCAUGUGUACAAGUCGCCGUUAGAAAAUGCUUUAAAGCUUUAAAAGCUGUCAGAAAAUCUGUUUGUCGACUACGAUUUAAAUGCAAAAAUUCACUAAAGGGAAGUUUUAUUGAAAAUGCUAAGAAAGGAUGCAUUCGUGAAUUUGUUAAUGGAAAAAAUAAACCAGACGACAAGGAAGCCCAGGCGAUAAUAUUUGAAAGAACUAAUAAUAAGAGUGGUGAGACAGAUCUCUCGAAGUAUGUCGACUUAUGUUUGCCUCAUCUCAGAUCCGACACCACAAGUAAAGAUUUUCUAAAGGGCACUAACGAGUUUAAAAAUAUAAACAUACUCCGGGAUAAAUUUGAAAAGGCAUGUAAAAAACUGUCAGCUAAAAAAUGUGGGAAAGCCUGCAAAUUUGCGUACGACGCUGCUUGUUCAAUACAUUCGUGUGAAAACUCGUUGAAAAAAGGAUUUAAGAAAGGCUGUAAGGCGGAAUGUAAAACUGCAUAUAACCUAUACAAAGCAUCGAGUUACAGUGACGAUGACGAUGAUUCAGAAAGUGGGAGUGAUUGAGAUAUAAUAUUAAAAAAAUCUUUGUUU